AUGAGCGUCCGAAAUGCGCUCUUGGAUCUUCAUUAGUUUUUCGACUAGGAGCAGAGUUGGUUGGUGAAGCCCCCACUAAGUCUACCCAAUCACCCCUUUUUCCUUUGAAGACACUCAUUUGAGAGAGAGAGACAGAGGUGGGAGGAGCCAAAUUUUGUGUGUGUGAGGGAAAGAGCAGAAGACAUGGCCCAAGUGAGCAAAAUUUGCAAUGGAGGUCAAAGUUCUCUACUUUUUCCUAAUCUCUCGAACGCCCACAAGCCCAAAUUGGCUGCUUCAGUUUCAUUGAGAUCGCCCUUCAAAGGGUUUUCAAGCUCUCGGGGUUUGAAGCACAAUAAAGCGUCGGGUAAUUGUGCGGUUAAUGCUGUCAGGGCUGUUCCUCUUAGAGUCUCAGCUUCGGUUGCCACAGCAGAGAAGGCACCGGAAAUUGUGUUACAACCAAUCAAAGAAAUAUCCGGCACAGUCACUUUGCCCGGCUCCAAAUCGCUAUCUAAUCGGGUUCUCCUUCUCGCUGCCCUUUCUGAGGAAGAAACUGUUGUCAAUAACAUAUUGAAUAGUGAGGAUGUUCACUAUAUGUUUGGAGCACUGAGAACGCUGGGGUUAAAGGUGGAGGAGGAUAUGACCACAAAACGAGCCAUUGUGGGAGGAUGUGGCGGUCAGUUUCCUGUCGGUAAAGAAUUCACAAAUGAUGUUGAACUUUUCCUUGGAAAUGCAGGGACGGCAAUGCGUCCAUUAACAGCUGCUGUUACAGCUGCUGGUGGAAAAGCAAGCUACAUACUUGAUGGUGUUCCCCGAAUGAGAGAAAGACCAAUCGGGGAUUUGGUUGCUGGUCUUAAGCAGCUUGGAGCAGAUGUUAGUUGUUCUUCUACAAACUGUCCCCCUGUUCUUGUAAAUGGAAAAGGAGGCCUUCCAGGAGGAAAGGUGAAGCUCUCUGGCGCUAUUAGUAGUCAGUAUUUGACUGCUUUGCUCAUGGCAGCUCCUUUGGCUCUUGGAGAUGUGGAAAUUGAGAUUAUUGAUAAACUAAUUUCUAUCCCCUAUGUUGAGAUGACUUUGAAGUUAAUGGAACGCUUUGGAGUCUAUGUAGAGCACAGUGGUAGCUGGGAUCGUUUCUUAAUCCGGGGUGGUCAAAAGUACAGGUCUUCUGGAAGUGCUUAUGUUGAAGGUGAUGCGUCAAGUGCCAGUUACUUUCUGGCUGGGGCAGCAGUCACUGGUGGGACUGUUACCGUGGAAGGUUGUGGAACAAGCAGUUUACAGGGUGAUGUAAAAUUUGCUGAAGUUCUUGAGAAAAUGGGUGCUAAAGUUACCUGGACAGAAAACAGCGUCACAGUCACUGGUCCAUCACGAGAUUCUUCAGGAAAAAAGCACUUGCGUGCAGUUGAUGUCAAUAUGAACAAAAUGCCGGAUGUUGCUAUGACUCUUGCUGUAGUUGCACUUUUUGCUGAUGGUCCUACUUCCAUAAGAGACGUGGCGAGUUGGAGAGUGAAAGAAACGGAGCGAAUGAUUGCAAUUUGCACAGAACUUAGAAAGCUGGGAGCAAAAGUUGAAGAAGGACCGGAUUACUGUGUGAUCACGCCCCCUGAGAAACUGAAUGUGACGGAAAUUGACACCUACGAUGAUCACAGAAUGGCGAUGGCAUUCUCUCUUGCUGCCUGUGGGGAUGUUCCAGUUACCAUUAAGGAUCCUGGUUGCACUCGGAAAACGUUCCCCGACUACUUUGAAGUCCUUGAGAGAUACACAAAGCACUAAACUCGGAUGCACAUAAUCUAUACAUGUAGAGAAGGAGAUAGACAGCUGAAUAUUGAGCUCUAGCAAAGGCAUCUCCAUUAAGGAAGCAACAUGCCUUGUUUUCUAAAUCCCCUUCAAUCUUUGAGAAUAAGUUAUUGGCAAGUUGAUAUUAUUGUAUCAGGGUUGUAAUUGUAUUAUAACUUUGACCAACCAAAACUGAAAACUGAGAAGACUAUUGAAGAGUGAGUGUUUGUUUAAGCCGGUUUGGAUCCAACUGAGUUGUCAUUACCUGCUUCAAUUAGUCGA